AGACAUAUGUGAAUGUACAAAUAACUUUAAAUUUAAUGACUUAGAAUUAGUAAGUUUUACUGGGUGUCAGACAACAGAGGCUCGUGAUUGGCUAUAUCCUGACGCAUUGAAGGUGACGCUCGGUGACGUUGCAGAUGUCUGUGCUUUACCUGGAGCGGCUAGCAAGAGUGAAAAUGUUGUAUUGAACCGAUUCGGCGGACAUUUUAUAUACUUUUGGUCGGAUUUUGUGUCAUUCGAGAGGCUGUGAGCACAGAAGGUACCACGGAAAACGGCACUGCACUAUAGGGGGAGAGAGGAGGACAGUAUCGCGCUUCAACGGAGGAGAGAGGAGGUCGGCAACUACUCGCGCGGGGAAGAGACGAAGGCAGCACCGCGGGCCAGUGGGGAAGUGAGGACGGUAACAGGUGGCUGUCUGCUGAAUCUGGACGUAAGGUGCUGCUGGUGAGACGUGGGAAAGUUCGUUUUCAUCUAGUUCUGAAAUUUUUCACGUUUUGCUUUUCAUUGGAUUUUUUUUGUCAAGUCAUGAGGCGGGCGUUUUAGCUGGUUAGCUAACUCUGCUAAGAUAGCUAAAAGCUACGUUUCUUACUCAAGGGGCUGUUUAAGCAGAGAUGAACGUUGUUUAGUGCAGUUUAACAUGACAUUUUCACCUGUUGGCUGCCAGCGCAUUCCACAGUGAGGCAGACACUGCACCAAGUUGAGCCCCCCGUGAACGCCUGCACCCAGAGAGAGCAGUAACAUUAGCUGUAAGGGAUGGAUGACCACAACCUGGAAGGAGCUCGCCAGGUCAUGAUCAGUGAAAUGAUGAAGAGAAAGCCAAAUGGACCCGUCAUCAAGAAGGAGAUGGAUGUGACGUUUGCUCUUCGGAGAAAAGAAGUUGUCAUAGACAAGCCUGCCAUCAGCCAGAUAAUACGUCGAUGGCCAGCUCUAUUCACAGAAAGCCAGGUUUGUUAUGAGUUCAACAGAGUGGUGGGGAAAAAUCUUAGAGAGAACUUCUUUGAUGCACUUGACCAUCUCUCCCCAAGCCUGAUGGACCUCUUCAGGAAGAAGAACGGCCUCACUGGCCAGCUUUUGGCUGAGCUUUUACAUCAGACAAAGACCACCGAACCAACAGACAUCAGGUGCCUCUGUCUUCGGGGACUGGCAGUCAUCUUGGGGGAUGAUCCAUCUGCUUUCUUCAAGACCUCCUCCGAUGCAACUGACAAAGACUCCUACAGUCAGACUUCAGUGGGAAUCCUCUGCAUUGGUCAAGAAAGUUCUCAGCUCAACCCAUCCAGAGUGGGGAUCAUCUUGGAGGGGACUGUGGUAAUGGAUGAACUGGCAAACCUGCCUCAGGCCUUCUUUGUCCUUUUUGGCCUGAUUUAUGCCCUGCACCUUGACUACCCCAAGUGUAUGAAAAAUACCUUCCACUUUGUUCAGCAGGUAAUGUUCAACCUGGGUAAAAGUGAGCUGGCACCCAAAAUACAAACCUUGAAAAAUCAGCUCUCAGAGUAAAACAGGGUUCGAAUAGGUAAACUACUGCUCCAGAUAUUCAGCACACUUGUAUACUAACAUGUUUACUGGUGUGCUGUUUGCAGUGCAUGUUUUAUGGUGUUAGCACUGAUUUUACAGUUCUGUUUUACAAGGUCCCUGUUUGAUACAGACUUGCAGCAAAUAGGGUUAAAGGGAUAAUUAAUUAUUUUUUUUAUUUGGGGUUAUAUGAGGUACUUAUGACCUCCGCAGCUGCAGAUUCAUCCAAGCAGCAAGCAAGCAUACCAAAAAUUGCUUCAGGACACUUUUACGAAAGUGCUGAAAAGGUCUGAAUAAGUGUUAUAACUCUGAUGUAUUUGCCAUAAAUUAGAUGUUCACUUAAAUUUUCUCAAUGACCAGCUUUUAAAAAUUUCUAAACGUUUUUCCCAUCUUCACUGGGGCCAGGGAAAAGUUAACAUUGUUAUUGUGUGCAUUACACCAUCUUUGUUUAAUUGUGUAUUCAGACAUAUUCGGUCUCUCAGAAACAAGCAGAUGCUUUUAGUUGCCGAUUGUCUCCUGACAAUUCUCAUUUUCAAAUAUUUUUCUGUGUUCAAGUGAGUAAUUGUUAAAUGUUCAUUGGGACCAAACAGAGAUGUUACUAGGUGCUACUGUGUUCACUAACAAUGUAUAUUUUGCAUUUCAUAAUGGAAAUUUACAAAGGUUAUUCUCUCUGAGAAAAAAAAAACAAAAUGCUGAGUACACUGUGAGCCUUUGCACUGUAUUUAUUUUUCAUUAGUAAUUUGUUUUAGAUUUUUUUUUUUUUUUUUACAAAGUUUAGUUUUAAGUUUUUUGAUUAUGUGGAGAUUUAUGUAACUGAUUUUUUUUAAAUACGUGCAUUGCAGACAGUGUAAUGUAUGAUUGUCUCAUUUGUUGAACGUUUCUAAAAUAAAACAGAAAAAGAAUA